AGUAUCAAAUAUUCAUACAUAUGAUGUAUUGGACGAUAACGAUUGAAGGUGGUCCAAGACGUGUUAAUCAUGCAGCAGUGGCGUUGAAUGAUAAAAUUUAUUCAUUUGGUGGUUACUGCUCUGGUGAACUUUAUGAUGGCAGUCAACCAGUUGAUGUACACGUUUUAGAUACCGGAAAUUACCGUUGGCGCAAGCUAUCGGUACAAACGAAUAGUAGCGAAACUGCUUAUCCGUCUGUAUCACAGAAUAACUGGCCAUAUCAACGGUAUGGGCAUGCAGUUGUUGAAUAUGAGGGUAAAGCUUAUUUGUGGGGCGGACGAAAUGACGAAUUUGGUGCAUGUUCCAAGAUGUACUGCUUUGAUCCAGAAGCGAGGUCAUGGUCAAUCAUUCCAUGUGAAAGUGAAGCACCACCGGCACGUGAUGGACAUAGUGCAGUGGUUGUCGGUGAUCUGAUGUACAUGUUCGGUGGUUUUGAAGAAGUUUCACAGAGGUUCAGUCAAGAAACUUUUGCUUAUAAUUUCAAGCAGAGAAAAUGGUACGAAUUGAAGACAACGGGUGAAUUGCCUCAGUGGCGAGAUUUUCAUACAGCUUGUGUCAUUAAUAAGAAAAUGUAUAUAUUUGGUGGGCGUAGCGAUUUGCAAGGUGCAUUUCACAGUUCACGAGAUUAUUAUUCUGAUGUACUCAAAGUGUUGAAUUUGAAGACGGGUCGUUGGGAAGAUCCGAAAGUGACUGGUGAUUGUCCAUGUGGUCGACGGAGUCAUAGUGCUUGGGUUCGCAAUAAUAAGAUGUAUAUAUUUGGUGGGUAUUUGGGUACGGAAAAUCGACAUUUAAACGAAUUGCAUGAAUUUGAUCCUGCAACAUCGUGCUGGCGCCGUUUGAAACCAUUCGGCAUUGGCCCUUCACCGAGACGACGACAAUGUGCGGUUGUCGUUGGCGAGCGCGUUUUCCUGUUUGGUGGUACGAUGCCUUCUAGUUCAAAGAAAAUGGAUCCUGUACAUAGCGGCCUGUGCGACCUCUCUGAUCUUCAUGUACUUGAUUACGCGCCAACUUUGAAAGACCUUUCUGCCAAUGCUGUUUUACGAAAUGGGUUGAACGAAAGAUUUGCUGAUCUGAUUCCAAUUGAUCUGAAGCACGAUCUUUGGAUGAUGACACAGCCAAACAAAAUAACUCUCACUCGAUAUGAUGAUAGCAUUUCCCCAUCCAGUUGAUCAUACUCUUUGAUUGUUUGAAUGUUUUUUAUACUGGAAGGAUUGAUGCUGUUUUCCGAUUUGAAAUCGAAAAUAAAUUGGA